AAUUGUUAUUAAUAAUAAAUAAAAAAAUGACAUUUUAGAGAUGGCUCAAGAUGAUUGUGUUGAUUGUUAGGAAUAGGUGGAGGUAGAAUGACUCUAUGCCAUCAUUGGCGUUAGUAUUUUCUAAUUAAGCAGUAAUAAUAAUAAUAAACAAAAUUAAACAUUCCACAAAUUAAACAUUAAUUUCAUUCUCAAAUAUCAAAUUUAAUUAAAUAAAUGAAAAUAUAUAAACACCCAAAGUGGUAUGAUUGACCUUGCUGUGUUUGGUCUUGUCAAGUAUUAUUUGUUUAUAUAAAUAUGUCAAUGACCAAGUGAUAACCAGUGAUAACUGUCACUUUUAUUUACAAAAAAAUUUUAAUUAACCUGUAAUUGUUUUUUGAUAUAAAAUUAAAACAAUAUAUCUUUAAAAAUCUCUGAUAACAAUAAUUAAAGAAAUUGUUAAUAAUGGAUUCAUCAGACGGUUGUUCUUUAACUUGUACUGCAGUUUUAGAAUGGACAAAUCCUCAGGGUAUGACAACAAGAAAAGUAAAUUAUCGUUCAGCUUCAUUACGUCUAUUUAGAAAUAAUUUACGUGAUUUAAUGAUUGAAAUUAGAGCUGAUAAAGUAAAUACAACAACAAAACUUGCAUUAAAAGGAAUCAAUGUUUUAAAUCGUUUUAUGAAUGAAGGAAAAGCAACAAUAAAAUUUACAAUUGAACGUUGUACAUUAUUUUUAUCAAAUGCACCAGCAGCACAAUUAAUAUCAUUUUUAAAAACAAUAUUUGUUAAAACAACAACUGAUAAAGAUAAUAAUAAUAAAUCGAAAAAUCCAUUGAGAGAACAUAUAUUGGCAAAUGUAAAAUUAGGUGGUAUACAAGAAAUAAGUCCAGCAACAACAUCUGAGUUAACAAGUGCUAAAGAACGUGCACUUAAAAUAGCAGCAUCAAGAAAAACACCAACAACACCAUCACCAAGUAAUAUUAGAAAACGUAAAUUAACUGAUUCAAAUACACCUAAAAUUCCAAUAGCUAAAAAAUUAUAUAUAAAUCCAACUGAAAUUGAUUUAACUGAAGAACAACGAGGUAUUUUAGAUGCUGUAUUAAAAGGAAGAAAUAUAUUUUUUACUGGAAGUGCAGGAACUGGUAAAUCAUUUCUUUUAAAACGUAUAAUAUCUGAGCUUCCACCAGAUGUUACAACAGCAACAGCAUCAACUGGUGUUGCUGCAUGUCAUAUUGGAGGUAUAACACUUCAUCAAUUUGCUGGUAUUGGUCUUGGAACAGCAACAAUUGAAAGAUCAUAUCAAAUGGCAUCACGUUCAUCAUCAGCAACAGCAUGGAGAAAAACAAAAUAUUUAAUAAUUGAUGAAAUAUCAAUGGUUGAUGGUGAUUAUUUUGAUAAAAUUGAAGCUGUUGCACGUCAUUUACGUAAAAAUGAUAGACCAUUUGGUGGUAUACAAUUAAUAUUAUGUGGUGAUUUUUUUCAAUUACCACCAGUACAAAGUAAUGAUAAUAAAAAAAAAUUUUGUUUUCAAAGUAAAGCAUGGGAAACAUGUGUACAUUUUAAUUAUGAAUUAAAAACAGUACAUCGUCAAAAAGAUAAAAAAUUUGUUGAAAUAUUAAAUAGUAUUAGAAUUGGUAGAGUUACUGAUGAUAUUAUACAAAUAUUAAAAUCAACAUCAAGUCAAAAAGUUGAAAAAUCAGGUGUAUUAGCAACAAGAUUAUGUAGUCAUGUUAAAGAAGCAAAUGAUAUUAAUGAAACACAAUUAUAUAAUCUUGAAGGUAUUACUAAAAUUUAUACAGCACAAGAUUCUGAUGAAUCAAUGAGUCAUAUACUUGAUCAACAACUUCCAGUACCUGGUAAAUUAACAUUAAAAAUUGGUGCACAAGUUAUGUUACUUAAAAAUAUUAAUAUAACAAAUGGUCUUGUUAAUGGUGCACGUGGUGUUGUUAUUAAAUUUGAUGAUGAUAUACCAGUUGUUAAAUUUUUAACUGGUGAAAUAUAUACAGCUAAAAAUGAAAAAUGGACAAUUAAAAAUGCAAGUGGUAGUAUUAUUUAUCGUAAACAAAUUCCAUUAAAAUUAGCAUGGGCAUUUUCAAUUCAUAAAAGUCAAGGUUUAACAUUGGAUUGUGUUGAAAUGAGUCUUGCUAAAGUAUUUGAUGCUGGACAAGCAUAUGUUGCAUUAUCAAGAGCACAAAGUUUAGAAUCACUUAGAGUACUUGAUUUUAGUUCACAACAAGUUUGGGCAAAUAGUAGUGUAUUACAAUUUUAUCAAAAUUUUAGAAAAAAAAUUACUGAUAUUGACUAUAUACCAUUAGGAAAAAAACUAAAAAAAAAAUAACUAUAAUAUAUAUUUUAAUUGACUUUUAUUUUUAAUAGAUAAUUUUUAUUUUUAAUUUACUCUUAUUAUGACAAUGUUUUUAAUUUUUAUUUUUUUUAAAUGAUAAUGCAAUAAUAAAUAUUAACUUUUUCCUGAGUUAAUGUACAGUAAUUUUUGAUAGCUUUAUUAAAACUUAAUUAUAAAUUACAUCCAUCAGCAUUUAUGCAAGAUUGACAUGAAUAAUUGUGAUCAGUAUGACUGCACAUUGAUUCAAUGUCUUUGCGAAAUAUACAGCCCCAAACUCUAAAUUUAUAAACUAAAAACAAAAAGAAAACAAUAUUUAUUAUUUAUUAUUAAUUAAGUUAUAAAUAAACAUACUUUUAUCAGUGAAUUUUAUGCACGCUUUUGGAAUAAACUCAUCGUCUUUUAAUAUCAAAUUUUUUGUUAUUGAAAAAAUGAUAUCUUCUUGACUGUCAGAUUUGUUUGAAUGAUUAUCAAUUUGAUCAAAUUGACUAGGUAAAAUAAAUGAAUAAGUUUUUGGAAUUAUAUCAAUUGAACAAUCCAUUAACUCCAUUUCUUUUGGGAUAAUUGCACAAUUUUUAUUUGUCCUGGAAUCACAAAUGUAGCACUUUAGUAAUAAACCUUGAAAAAAAUAAAAAAAUAUAAUUUUUUAAUUCACUCUCAAUUAUAAUUAUUGAAAUAAUUUUUUUAUUUAAUUAAACAAGUAUUUACCUUGAUGGAUUGUAGCAAAUAUAAUAACUAAAAAUAAUAGACUCAUGUUAGCAAUUUUUUAAAAUGACAAUAAUUAAAUAAUAAUAUGUUAUUUUAAAAAUAAAAAAGUUUUUUUCUCA